AGCGUGGCUUGGGGAUCUUCCCAGAAAGCUGCCCCGAGGGCAGGGCAGGGCAGGGCCGGCAUCGCACAGGGAUCACCCCUAGGGGAGGAGUGCCUGGAGGAUACCGGCAUCCCUCGGCCAGGGCGCGGGCAGGGCCGGUGUCAGUCGCUCUGCAGCGCUGUGCCCGGAGCUGCCAGGGCACAGCUCAGCCCGGGGAAGAGACGCCGAGGCUCAGCGGGGAGCAGCCGUGUCCCGAUGGCCGUGGAUGUGGGGAAAUCGCCUUCCGCAGAGCCCCUGAGCGGGAGGGCCGAGGGCCAUGGGACGUGGCACAGCGCGGACACGGAGCCGGACUUCCCGGAGCUGGCGGGGGGCCUGCAGCGCCUUCCAGGGACAGAGGAAGCCCAGCCCAGCCUGCAGGGGACAGAGGGCGUGGCAGCGAGCGGACACAGCCGAGGAGGCUCAAGCUGCCACCCAGAAGCGUCUUCGGCAUCUGCACCCGGAUUUUCCCGAGCAAGAGCAAACCCCUCAGGGAGAGGGGUGUUAGUGGAGAGAGCUGCCGACGGUGGCCCUGUGCCCCCGCAAGUUGGCCCCUGUUCCUUUUCCUCAGAAGAGCAGCAGGGGAAGGCACUGGGCUCUUGGGACCCGGUGCCCAGCCCUCCCAGCUGGUGCAGCUCUGCCGAGGAGAGCACCCUUGCUGGCAGCCGCCGCGAUGCCCGUGUUGGCCAUCGGAGACAGAGCCUGGGAGCUCCAUCCCCGUGUCCUUCCACCCCAGAACUCCUGCGGCCCCGCACCCCGCCCAGCCCCGAGAGCGCCCUGCGGAGCCGCUCGGUGCGGAGCCUCUCCGCUGUGUCCUCAGAGGGAGACGGCCCCUCCGAGGAGCCGUCGGGAAGCUUCCCAGCCAGCUCGGAUGUCCCUUCUCCUGCGGCCACCACGGCCGCCCGGGACGCGUGCUGCCCGUGGGGAGCGGGAGGCGGGGCUCUGCAGAGGCGGGAGCCCCCGGGCCCUCUGCUCCAGUACCGCGGCACCGCGGGGCGCGUCCGGGAGAUCUCCUCCUACCAAGCCGAUUACUGGGCCUGUGCCAUUCCCGAUUCGCUGCCGCCGUCUCCGGACCGCAGCUCACCCCACUGGAACCCCCACAAAGAGUACGAGGACUUGCUGGACUAUGCUUACCCGCUGAAGCCGAGGUACAAGCUGGGAAGGAGGCCGGAGCCUUUCCUCCAUGACUCAGGAAUAGGUCUGGAGAGCUUUCCUGCUUCUCCUGAGGGCAUGUCCAGGUCCGCCAGCAUCUACGGCCGAGCUGGGCAGGCUCGGGGAAGCAGAGAAAACGGACUUUGGGAGUUUGUGGCCUCUACAGAGAGAUUUUCCACCCCGAGGCCUGGAAAAAGAGGCUGCUCAGGAGCUGGCUCGUACUAUGAACCUUUACCUAUUGCCAAAGCAUUGUUUGCAAGUAGUGCUUCCUCUCAUCCUCCCAAAGGUUCUGCUACAGAUGUAAGGGUGGAAGCCCCUGGGCCCAGCUCACCUGGGCGCCCUGCUGCCGAUGGGAGAAGCUGGGAUACCAGAGGAAGCCCCUGUCCAAACUACACAGGGCAGGUGCAAAGCACCAGGAGGUGUUUGCUCACCACAGGAGUGCUCCCCCUGAGGAGGGAGUGGGAAGGUGAUGAAGAAUUUCUUUCCCUGCCUCCGAGACUGCAGGAGCUGGAAAGGCUGGCUCAGUUUUUGUCCAAUCUUUCCUUAACUAUAAGGAUGCCCGGGUAUGACCACCAUAACCUUCCACAUCACAGCCCCAGCAAGCAGCCCCUUUCAUCCAGGCUGGCUCCUUUUGGAGAAUCGAGAGCUGGGGAUGGCAGAGGGGAUGUUGAGGGUUGUGCUGGGCUGUGGCAACACCACAGCUCCCCAAAGCCUAGCUGGGAAAACACGGAAUCAGAUGGCUGGAUCCAUAGGGAUCCUCCCCGGGGGCUUCAUCUGCCAGCUGGUGUCAGGGACUCACUGGAUGGGAUGUGCCUCAGUGAACCACGGGUCAAGGGGCAUCCAAAGAAGAGCCAGCAGAGCGAGUCCCUUAUGCAGUGUGUCAAGAUGUUUUGCUGCCAGCUGGAAGAGCUGAUCCGUUGGCUGUACUCCGUGGUGGAUGUCACCGGCAGCUGGGUGCCACCCUCGCCGGAUGCCGCCAGCGUGUCGGCAUCGCUGCACCGCUACCUGGAGUUCAGGAGGGACGUGGCCGACCACCGGAGCCUGACUGAGAGCGUGCUGGAGCGGGGAGAGGCUCUCCUGGACUGCAUGGCAUCGAGUUCACCAGCUCUGAAGGACACGCUGGCUCUGAUCACCAGACAGUCAGAGGAGCUGGAGAGCCGCGCAGAGCAGCUGUAUGAGUCCAUCCUGGCUGCCGUGGGCCCCGCGGGGGGCAAGGACGCGCGGCACGACAAGGACGGGCAGCACCCGGCCGCUCCCUGGGUGCUGCCUCUGUCAGACCUAGGCUGCAUUAGCCCAGCUCAGGAGGGCUGAGAAGAAUUGCAGCAGGCACCAAACCCCUCCAUCACCUCUCCAGAGAUGCCAAAAUCUGUGUCCAGUUGCCCACGGGGCUGAUCUCAGCGUGGGUUUGUGCCAUGGCUUGAGAAAGGUGCCUCAUUCAGCAGGUGUGCUGGGAUGUCCAGAGUUGUGUAAGGAAUGUACAGCUGGCCUUUUCGGGUUGGUUUUUUUAACGUAGCUUCCCUUUUUUUAUUGAAGUGGGCUGUUCUGUGUUAGCAAAACGUCAGGAAGAGUUUUUUAACUGAGCAAUCCAUGGUGUGCCGUGAGCUCGCUAAGUAAAGCCGUGUGAUUUUAAUAGCCCUGUUCUCAUGGUUUGUUUAUGCUCGUCAAAAAUAGGUGCAAGGAGCCAAGAAAUAGCAGCUCCCAGUUCCUGGGAGCAAACUGAAGGCCUGGUUAUAAUUACCACUCCCUGCUGAAGCAGAGCCUGCUUAACUUUCAAUGUUGUUAUUCAUGAACACAAAAAGCCUUAAUACUGAAUCCAAAUAAAAUAAUUGACAAGCGAGUUCAGGUAGGGAGGAGCCAGGUUCUGUGUAAGCUGCUGGUACCUGCUGCUGGCAGGAGCUGUGCCUUCCCCCUUCCAGCUACUGCAGUUAAAUCACUGCUCAGAACAUUCAUCAAGGGUUUCCAAACCCUUUCUCCAACAGAAAAAGGGCAGCUCUGAAGCAGCAUAAGGUAAGUGGCCAAAAAAAGUUACAUAAUGUUGGUACUUGGCUUUAAUUAACCUUUAACCUGAAUGGUGAUCAUCAUGUUCUUGUGCAGAAUACAUCAUUUCCUCCCAUUCCUGUGAACAGAACACAGGGAAGUUUCUGUUCUGCACAAGUAGAAGGUGAAAGCAAAGUUAAACUGAAGCAGUUACAGCAAAUAAUUCAUUGGGGUUUGAUAUUCUCCCAUCUUCUACAGCCUCAGCUUAAAGGGCAAGUGUUUUUGGCCCAUUGUAUCAGAAGUAUUCCAAUAUUUCAGCUCACAGGUAAGAAACUACAGUGCCUUUUCCUGGAGCUUUAGGCCUCCCUACCCUCAUCAGAGCUCAGCCUGAACCCCCAGGCUCCAGCAGGGAACAGCACAGCCCAGUGACCCGUUUGUGGCUGAGGGGGAACAAAGAACCACCACACACCCGCUGUAGCCCAACUGGUUUUGCAAUGCUUUUAUUACUGUAUAUAUUAACAUCGGUUUGGAUAGUAUGUAGCAGGCAUCUCGACAUUGAAGUUCAUUUGUGCACUCUCUGCAGGGAAGAUGUUUUACCCUCAACACACCUCCUUCUGCUUCACCUCCUGAUCUCAGCAGCACUCUCUGCUCCUCCUGCUCCUGGGGAGCAGCAGGUCACAUUUAGAAUGAAUUAUACCAACAAGCACAUCUCUACUAGAAAGCACAUCACUUUAUUGUGAAGGUCUCAAGUGGAAGAGUUCAACUUAACCAUGACAAUACUUUAUGUAUUACAAUUGCCUGUUGAUUUAUGCAACUAUGUUGAAGAAAGCUGUUAGCCAAAGUCACCCCCCCAAAAAAAAAAAAAAUCAGAGGAUAUUUGCACCAGUUUUAGUUUAUACCUCACAACA